AGCCCUUAGGGUGCAGAGCGUGCGCGAUUUAGCCCGGCUGGCCUUAAGGGUUUCCGGCGGCCAGUGCAGAGCUUUGGGUCGCCACUUCGCACGUGCGGAAUGUUGCUUCUGGCGUCUGGCGGCCUGCUGACGGCUGGACGGCGACUGGGAGGAAAGAGGGCGGUGUUGUGGGCGGCCACCGCGCUCAGGGGCCCCAGGGCGGCUGUCUCUCGGGCAGCCUCCCACACUCCCACGGGCCUGAUCGGUGGUGGAAGCGCAGGGUUGCCGGGAGCCGUGCCACUUUUCCGGCGUCCCGUGCCUUCGCAGAUACCUCUUCGUUGGGAAAGAUGUGUUCAAGGCUUACGUACAGAAGUUGAAAAAUCAGAAGAUGGAAGGCUGAUUUAUACUGGGAAUCUGGCCCGAACAGUAUUUGGUGUGAAAUGUUUCUCUUAUUCUACAAGUGUGAUCAGCCUUGCCUUUCUACCAUACAUUUUUGCACAAAAUAAUAUUGUAUUUGGAAGUCUGCCUUUGCAAAUCUUAUUUUAUGGCAUCAUAGGAAGCUUUACAGUGAUCACUCCAGUACUGCUUCACUUUGUUACAAAAGGCUAUGUCAUUCGGUUGUACCAUGAGGCCACAACAGACACUUAUAAAGCCAUUACUUACAAUGUUGUGCUUUCAGAAACAAGUACUGUGUUUCAUCAGAGUGACGUGAAGAUUCCUAAUAGUGCACAUGUAUUUACCACAUUUUAUGCUAAAACAAAAUCACUGUUAGUUAAUCCAAGUCUCUUUCCAAAUCCCAAAGACUAUGACCAUCUUAUGGGUUAUGACAAACCAUUCACUUUUGAUAUGGAAGAAAUCAGUGAAAAGAAACAGCUUAAAGAUGAGAAAUGAGUCUACUGUUUUUAUAUUUGUGCUUAAAUGUGAUUUAGUUUUCCACGUGUAAUAAAAUUGUCUUUUCUGUUUUCUGUUA